GUGUUUCUCCUUUCAGCAUCUGUUGAAACAUUCUUCGGUUCUCACGGAGUUUCGAUUUUGUCCGCAAAUUCAGUGGAGGUGAGGUCAUCCUUGCCAAGCAUAUCCACACAUACCGGAUCACCACGAUAUCGAAUCAAUAUUGAAUAUUCAAAUUCGGGGAAAAUCGGGAGGGGACAUCAUAUGAUACAUGAUGAGUUAUAGUUUAGCGACCUCGAAAACCAGGGGCUCGGCUUUGUAUGCUGGGAAAUUUCCUGAAAUUAUAUCAUCUUCGAGACGUGGAAAGGCAGCGGGCUUGAGUGCUGGCGCAAGAUGCAUAUCAACACGUGAGCUCGACGCUUCGAAAGGCGACCGUGAAAGAGUCCUGAUUCUUGGCUCGGGCUGGUCAGGCUUCACACUAUCUCGUCAACUGGACCCCAAGAAAUACCAGACAGUGGUUAUCUCUCCACGGUCAUAUUUUGUGUUCACACCGUUAUUGGCUAGCACAGCUGUGGGAACUUUGGAAUUCAGAAGCGCGCUUGAGAGUGUGAGAGGUAGAGGAAGAUGGAGAGGAUGGGGCUUAGUAGGUGGUGGAUGGGGUGGGUGGGGAGCGAGAGGGAAUGGGGUCGAGUUUUGGCAGGGGUGGGCAGACGACGUAAACUUCGAUAAGAAAACUAUCAAAGUAGAAGAAAACGCAAUUGAGAGACCUAAAACCGCUUCCACAACAGUAGAAAAGAAAGGCAAAGGAAAAGUAUUUGAGGUGGGCUAUGAUAAAUUGGUGGUCAGUGUUGGAUGUUAUAGUCAAACAUUUGGCAUCGAGGGUGUGAGAGAAAAUGCAUUGUUUUUAAAGGAUGUAGGGGAUGCGAGAAAGAUUAGGAAGAGGAUCUUAGAAUGUUUCGAAACGGCCGCAUUACCAACUACUCCCGAUUCUCUUAGAAAACAACUUUUGAAUUUCGCCAUUGUAGGCGGUGGUCCAACUGGCGUUGAAUUCGCAGCCGAACUCUUCGAUCUUUGUCAUGAAGAUCUCUCGACUCUCUACCCUUCGUUAACCCCGUUCAUAAAGAUCACAAUCUAUGAUGUGGCGCCAAAAAUCCUCCCCAUGUUCGAUAAAAAUCUGGCAAACUAUGCAUUGGAGCAUUUCAAGAGAGAUGGGAUUGAGAUCAAGACUGAACAUCACAUCCUGGGGUUGCAAAGAGGAUUACCCAAGGAAGGAGAAAAUGGAGAAGACGGAGAAAAGGGAUUCACAUUAAAGUUAAAGGAAGAGGGUGAUGUAGGUGUGGGAAUGUGUGUUUGGAGUACGGGACUGAUGAUGAAUCCUUUCAUCGAGAAGGCGUUAAGUUCGGUUCAUACUUUCCCCACUCAAUCUGCUAUUUUGGCUGGAAGCGAUAGCGAAAACAUUGCAGAGAAACCGGAAAGCAGAAAAUGGGAAUUGAAAAGAAGUCCUAAAACGGGUGGAUUAAUGGUGGAUAAUUUUUUUAGGGUUAAAUUGGCUACUCGUUCAUCUCCGGACGGAGCGAAGCAAUCUCAACAAGAAGCAACGAUGAAUGAUGUUUUCGCAUUGGGAGAUGUAGCGGUCUUGGGAGAUAUGGGGUUGCCAGCCACCGCGCAAGUAGCAAACCAGGAAGCGAGAUGGUUGGGCAAAAGACUUAAUAAGAUGGAGAAGGCGGGAAACAUUGGAGCUGCUGAGGAUAAAGGAUUUACCUUUAGGAAUAUGGGGGUCAUGACUUAUGUCGGAGGUAUGAAGGCAAUCAUGCAGACGGAUGGAAAGGGAGAGAUUAAGGGGAGAACAGCAUGGGUAAUCUGGAGAGGUGCAUAUCUAACCCAAACAAUCAGCUGGAGGAAUAAAAUACUAAUCCCUAUGUAUUGGGCAAUCAAUUGGCUGUUCGGACGUGAUAUCUCGAGGUUUUAGCGGGUGAUAAAGAGUUGUUUGGAAGGUUGAAUGGGGCGAGGAUUGAAGGGAAAAACACGGGUAAGAUAGAAAAGAGGGAAAGUUGCAUAGCGAUGGAUGAUUUCGUGGGAAGGGUGUAACGUAUUAUAUUUUUGUGUACUAUUAUAACAGAGCUAAUUCUACUUUUUAUUCUAUGAUUCGUAUGGAUUGUAUAUCGAAGUGGAUGGAUUACUGGAAUGGGAGUCGCUGCGUCUUGGAUUCAGUAACUUACAUCUUACUUUCUAGUUUGCAUUUUCUUUUCUGUCUUGGGAAAUUGGCUGGAAAAUACUGCACUGCGCCGCUCAACGUCAAGAUCUGAAUCCCGUUCAUAGUACA